AUGUUAACACCAAUUUUUUGUUGCAAAGUGAUUAUUGUUGGAGUAUUUGCAGCAAUAUUAUCAAUUCUUUCAGCCGUACUCAUAAUAGGAGUCUUAAAUGAUUUACCAACUAUUACCACUGAGCAUUCUCCAAUAACGGAAUUUCCUUCGCCAGAGGAUACCAGCUCUAUUUGUUUAGAGCAUAUCACCCAACCAACGUUUCUUAAUUCACAGUGGACUGGGAAAUUUUCGCCAAACAAACUGGUCUUUCCCAAUACCCAACCGUUUCGUCAGUUGAAACGAAUCCUUUUUAGAUUCGAAAUUGAUGGUGAUGGUACUGUAAAUGGAGACUUUCCUACAUUCACAAUCAACAUUUUUGAUUCAGGCAAUAUGACAACUGCGGAGGCAAUGUAUGUUGAGGCAGCUAAGGAUACCUAUUUCGAGGAGUCGUCAGAUACAUCUUUUGUUACGUCAAUAUUCCGGGGGAAUAGGUAUUUUAUAGGGAAAAAUACCUAUCAUGUUCGGAUGACCCGAAGGGUCACGAACAGGAUAGUACCUGCGUUUCUAGAUAAUUUUGGCAUUCAGCCAAGCCGUGAUACAAAAUCUUAUAUCACAACAAUUAUCUGUGUUGGUCCAAUCAAACCAUGGGGAGUUGUCCAGAAAUGGUUUUUUGGAGUCACAACACAUGAUGAGCUCGUAGCCAGACUAGGAUUAAACCCUGGAUCUUUACUUUCUAAUGAUGAAAUGGAUACAACUACUGCUAAUGAUACACUUAACGAAAUGGUUUUAGUUAUUGAUGAUUUAUCAACAACUACUGCAAAUGAUCAAGAUAAUGAAAUCAUAAAAAAACAAGUUAAUGAGGACACCAGCUCUAUUUGUUCAAAGCAUAUCACUCAACCGACACCUCUUGGUUUACAUUGGACCGGGAAAUUUUUACCAAAUAACCUAUACUUUCCCAAUACCGAACCGAAGAAUCGGUUAAAACGAAUCCUUUUUAGAUUCGAACUCGCCGAUGAUGGUAUUAUAGAUGGGGACAUUCCUACUUUUACAAUUAAUAUAUUUGACUCAGGUGUUGGUCCAAUCAAACCAUGGGGAGUUGUCCAGAAAUGGUUUUUUAGGACAAAAACACAUGAUGUACUUAAGGACAGAUUAGGAUCAACUCAUGUACCUUUAUUUUAUAAAAAUAAAGAAAAUUCAGAUAAAAAUGAAGAAAGUUCAGACAAAAAUGAAACGGAUGUUGGUCCAAUUGGACCAUGGAAAUAUCUAAAGAAAUGGUUCUUUAUAACAAAAACACAUUGCAGAUUAGGAUCAAUCCUAUCUUUAUUUUAUAAAAAAAAAUCAGGUAAAAAUGAAACGAAUGCAUUAAUGGGUGAUUAUUGUGAGGAAAUUGAUGCAUCAACAACUACAGAAAAUGAUAAAAAUCAUCAAGCCGCUAUAGUAAUUGAUACACCAACGGCUACUACAAAUUAUGAAAUAGUUUCAGAAAUUGAUGAAUCAACAACUACUACAAAUGAUAAAGAUGAUGAACUGUCUUUAAUGAAAAACCAACUUGAUAGCGUAACACAUGAACUAUCUGAAACGAAACAACAACUUGAUGCUCUAAUAGAGCUUCUUAAACACCAUGUUGUUAAAAUUCCUCAGUUAAAAAAAGAUGAAGACGAAAAUAAAAAAGGCAAAAAUAAAAAAGACAAAGGCGAAAAUAAAAAAGACAAAGAUGAAG